UAUGAACCUCUGACUUCAUUCUUGUAAACAUUGUGUUUGGAUUUUAAGGAAGUAAUUAUUUUUUCGCGUGAAAUCUAUCAGAGUGCGAUUUAUGUAAGAUAUUUAACGAAUAAGGUUUUCUUAUUCUAAAAAGAUGAUCGUAAUACUUAAAUAAUAUGUAAUUCUUAUUGCAUUCUAUACAGUAUGGACAAGGCAGUCCUGGUUGAUGAAGUACACGGUGAUACUAUACAAUUGAAACCAAUAAAAGGAGAAAAUUUAUCUUUGUCGUUAGAAUCGGAAGCAAAUGGUAACAAUAUAAUAAAUAUUCCUGAAGGUCAGGAAAGUAGUCUAUUAGAUUGUGCAGAUAAUACAAUUCAAAAUGCUUUUCCCUUAAAUGCAUGCGACGUAAAAGGUGCAAUCGAAGAAGUUAACAACACUGUUGAAAUAAUAGCGGACACGAAUAAUUCUACUAUUGGUGAAUCUAAAAAAGAGGUAAUAAAUAAUGAUACGCAAAUUGGUGAAAAUCAGUGUACACAGAUCAAGGAGGAAAAUAAAGAGAACCAAAUAAAUGAUUCGACCGAAACUAAGAACGAAUGCACAGAAAAUACAUGUUUGGAUAACGAAAGUACAAAAUUUUCAAGUAAUAUCGAUGUAAUUAAAACGGAAGAUAAUAAACAAACUAUUGAAAAACAUGAUGUUUGUACAGUGUUAAACAUAAGUACAGUCGAUGAUACUAAUGCUCAGUGUCAAGCAUUAAUUAAGACACUAAGUCAAACUUUUGAAGACAAAGACGAAUCUUCGCGCGUUGCUGACACAGAUGCAGAUUUAUCUACUUUGAACGAUGGUAAUUCAGAAGUUAUGGUAGUGACUGUGGAAACUACCAUCGACGAUUCUAAUGAAACAACAGAAGAAAAUAUUGUUCUAACAGUACACGAAAAGGACCUAGUAGUAGAUUCCAAUGAAAAUGAUACUUCAACGGAUCAAAAAGAAACAAAAAACACUGAAAUUAUAAACGAAGAAUUUAAUUUGAUAGACUAUGCUCAAGAAAAUGAUGGAACUAUAAUAGAAGUGAUUUCUACGGAGGUUGUAGAUUCAGAAGUAACUGAAACGUGUAGUCGACAAUGCAAUAGAGAAAUCUUGAACCAUACUGUUUCCGAGAAAGAUUCUAUAACUUCUGCCAGUUCGGAAGUAACAAAGUCAGAAAUUCUGAAUAACGUUAAUGUGGAUAGCAAUGAAAUGCAAAAAAAAUGCAACAAAAAUAACGAUGAAAUAAAUAACAUAAAACAAGCAGAGAUAAACGAUAAAGGCAAGACUGACAUAUGUGAUAAUUCGUAUAAAGGUAAUGAAGUUAUUCGUAAUAAAGUUGUCAUACCUGUACAAGUAGAUAAUCGAAAAGAGGAAGAUAUAUCUACCAGCGAAGUAAACAAAAUUAAUACAUCUAACAAAAGAAGCGUGAUUCAAGAUAUUUUUGAUGACUGGCGCGAUGAAAAUGUGGAAGACGAUAAUCAGUCAGCUUCUAAAAUGCAAGACACUGUAGAAAUUGAAUUAAAAAGUUUAUUAAACGAUACAAAAACAAUACAGACAAUAGAAGAGGAUACUGUUGUACUAGUCGAAGAAGAGAUCACGUGUUUAAAAGAAGAGUUCGGUACGGAUACGAAAAAAGUAGUACAAGUUAUUAAAGAAAAUAAAGAUAUACAGGUAUCAAAAGAACAAAUAGGUAAUAAUAAAACUGUGAACAAACAACAUAUUCAAAGUAGCGUAAAACCAUCGCAUAAGGACCAAGUUAAUUUACCGGUAUUACAAAAUUCUGAACACGCUCUAAAGGACGUAACUCAUGAUUCGAUUGCAUGUAAUCAAACGUCAUCGUCACAAACACAAAUUACGCCCAGUGUUAGUCGCGGUCGUAAUUUAACUAGCCAAAUAGCUUCACCAGCCGAGGUAACAGAAGCAUUGAAAGAGAGACUUCGUGAGAAACAGAAAAUUGUGGAGGCGCCGCCUGGACCUGACAUAUUUUUUGUGAAGAAACUAACUCAAAGAUUAUCGAGCAAAUUAGCAGGUAGCCCAACAAGUUCUUUACCAGCCCUUAUACCAUUGCCUCAAUCGACUACUCAAUCAUCUACUCAUUGCGAGAAAAAAUCAAUAGAUAAUAUAGGCGUAACAAUUAAUAAAGAAAGCAGUUCUGAUAAUAAAGAACUUUUAGCAAUAUUGGAAGGUGACGUUGAUCCAGAUUGGUCAAACUUAAAACCACCGACAUUAACCGAAGAGGGAAAACAUCCGAUGAACAUUGAACAAACUGGACAUAAUACACCGCCAAAACUUGAUCCGUUGGUUGAACGAGAACUGGCACUGAAACAACUUUUAGAAUUACCUGUUACCCCAGUUAAGAGAAGCACGGCAAGAAAAAAGAAAACACUUAAACCUACACCUACAAACGAAAUUUCUAAAGAUGUAGGGGUAAAAUCUGUAUCCGAUGUAAAGAAACAAAUUGUUAAUAUUGAUUUAAUAGACGAAACUACCGAAUCAUCUUCAAAGGAUACAAAACCUGAGUCUGACACCUCCUCUGCGAGCGUUGAACAGCAUGCUUCAGAAAAAAAUGCAGAAGUAAACACGUCAGAUGUGCGGCUGGAUGAAUCAAGAUCUGGUAGAAAACGUAAACUUACCGAAAAAGCUAGAGAACAUGAACAGCAGCAGAAUAUUGUAAAACGGCAAAAAAUAAACAAAAAUAAAAGUUUGUUAAAUAAAAAGCAAAUUCAAGAAAAACCAUUACAAAUUACAACAGACAUUGGUUUAUUCGAAAAUUAUGCAUCCGAAGAAAGUGUUUUACCGGUCAAUAAUGUAAACGAUGACGAUGUUGACAUCACAAUAACAAAAGUAGUAACAGCGAAACAAGUUACAGAUAAUAAAGUUGAUUCAACGUUGAACAAGUCCGAGAAUAUACUUUUAAAACGUCCGAAACAAAAUCUUAGUAAAAAGGAAUCACAAUCUAUUACUACAAGGAAUAUGGUAGUUAAAAAGAUAUUGAGGCAAAAUAUGACUUCUAAUAAAAAAGCUAUUACUUUAAAAACAAAAUUGAAUGUACCGUCGAAAAAGAGUGGAUCAAAACUUGUUUCAAAAUCAAAACGAGUAACGGAAAACAGCCCCGGAGAAACUAAACCCAAAAAAAAGAUCAUAAAUGAAAUAGAUAGAUUACUGCAGGACGAAGGUGUUGUGAAUUUACUAUACGACGUGGAACAACCAGAUAAAAAACGAUUAAUUCCAAUUACUAAGUCUCAAGCGAAAGUUAUGGACAUACAAAAAGUACAGCGUGAACUUAAGAUCAGGAAAAAAUUGGUGCGUAAUGCCGUUUUAAGAUUACGUACUUCGGCAGCAGGUGUAUCGAAAGUCUCUUCGAGGUCCAAAAGAACGUCUGUAUAUUUAAACGAUAUGCAUGUAGAUAAGAAAAUUGGGGAUCAAGUUAUGUCUGUAAAACCAAUAAGCGAACCAUCUCAGGAGUUCAUUUUACCUGCAAAAAUAAGAAAUGCAGCGGAUGCAUCUGUUAUAAUUAGAAGACACUCGUCUAGUUCGUUUUCUAGUGCAUCUGGAAGUCCUAGAGUUAGCACCGAUAGCCUAGAAAAAAGCGAAGGAGUUAAAGUUGACGAAGGUGGACCUCAUUCUUUGAGAUCUGCAAAGAGAAGGCAUUCGCAGGAUGAUAAAAUAAAUGUAAAGAAAAUUAAAAAAAGAGUUUCAUCAAAAACAGAUACAGAAAUUGUUACAGAUACGGAAGACAAAACGUCUAUUCCUGUACGCUUGAACAAAAAAUCAGACUCGAAAAAAACUGAUAAAAGUUCUAAACACCCAGAAAUUACUAUAAUAAAUGAGACUAAUAGUGGUUUAGGCAAAGUUAUCACCCGGUCUAAUGGUGCAGCUACAGGUAAGGUAACAUCUAAAACAAAGAAAACUACAAAAAACAAAGUUACAUUUGCUAAAACAAGCGAGCAGGAUAACGAUGAGGGAUUGUCCAAAAAAGAAGAUGAACUUUCAGCCUGUCUCGCUGAAGCCGCGAAUGCGCUUGCAGUAGUUAGUGCUGGAGGUCGAUCUGGAAAUUCGACGGCAAACCGUAAAAGCAAAGUAAAUGCAAGUAUUACUAAGACAGUAGAAUCGGAUAAUAAAACAAAAAUGGAAACUCGUAGUCAGUUCAGUAACAAAGAGAUAAACGUACGGCGACACGGUAAUCUUGUUCAAUUAAUACUUACACCGUCAUCUUCGACGAAAAUAAGGAACGCUCUUACUCUUCAGGUGAUGCAAGAGUUUCGUGAAACAUUAUCUAUUUUAAAGAAAGAUGAUGACUGUAGAGUUGUUUUACUAACAUCAACAGGCAGCAGUUUUUGCGAAGGUCUUGAACUUUCUACGCUUUUACAUGCAAAUAAAGAAGAGCGGCGAAUUCGUGCCCAAGAAUUGGCUGAUGCCGUUAAAGACUUUAUUAAAACUUUAGCAUCAUUCAAUAAACCCAUUGUCGCUGGGAUUCAGGGUGCUGCGAUUGGACUUGGAGUAACAAUGUUACCUUUGUUCGAUCUUGUUAUAGCUAGCGAUAAAGCAACAUUUAGUACACCUUAUGGAAAAUUGGGUCAAAUUGCCGAAGGCGCAGCUGUUUACACCCUAUCGCAUAUAUUAGGAAGUGCAAUUACGAGCGAAUUAUUGUUAGGUGGAAGAACUUUAACGGCCAGCGAAGCGUUAAGAGCUGGUCUUGUAACUCGAGUUUUAUGGCCAGACAGAUUUCAAGUGGAAUUAUUACCAACUUUAAAACUAAUGAGCGAACAAUCUUCACAGUCUAUGGAAGCUACGAAAACACUACUAAGACAUGGUCUGCGAAAAAAAUUGGAUGCAGCAUUGGAAUCAGAGACUUAUUUACUAAUCCAACAUUGGUGUUCCAUAGAAUGUCAAACUGCCAUAAAGGCUUAUAUUGAUGGAAAAGUUCUGUGAAUAUGCAAACGAUUUUCAGGUAUUUGGAAAUUUGAGAAUCUACUACUACUACUACUACUACUACUACUGCUACUACUACUACUGUAUCCAAAAGUUUACGCGAAUGGGAUCUGUCAACGGAUUAUAAUAUGAAUGGGAACCCGUAUAGUUAGAGUGCGUCGUACACGAAAUAAUGCUACACUAUUCAAUACGUACUUCAGCAAGAAUUAUUUUUGAUGAAGUGAACUGCGCAACAUUUUCCCAUAACGAAUGUUACGGCAUAUAUAGUAUGCGUGUGAUCGUUUUAGGAUUAUGGGAGGGUUAUGAAAUAAAAAUCGAAGCAACAUUGAGAAAUUUCAUUAAAUACUGUUCAAAAACAUGGAGUAUGUUGUAAAGAAUACAGUUGCUCUUGUACAAAUGUUACACAUGUAAGAAUAAGCCAUUCUAAACAUACUGUAUUAUCAUUGAAUACAAAGCUCAUACAAAUAUAAAGGAAAUAUUCACAAGCCAA